UUUCGCAUUCUAAAACCCUAACUUUGGGGUCUGACCGUCUCGUAUCCCAUCCUUGAUAUGGCCCCCGGAACUUCCUUCGCUGUUGGAGGCGUCGAUCCAUCCCCGGCCAAAAGGAAGCGACAACGGGUUAGAGGAGACGACUCUAAUUCUUCUCAGCGAUCUUCCAAGUCAGAUCAUGUGGCCAUCCUCCGUGCCGCAAUCGAGUUUCGGAACCAGACUGGAGAGAACCCAACUAAGGCUAAAAUGCCCGCUUUCUACGAGUUCGUUAAAACUUCUCUCGCAGAACCGCUCUCGCAGGAGCAGAUCAGCAACAGGUUGCGCCAUAUCCGCCAUAGGUUCAUUCAUUCGGACAUGGAUAACACCGAAGACACUGUCCUCAAGCUAGCCGGGCAGCUUUGGUAUGAGGAGAAAGAUAUGGACAAGGGGAAGGAGGAGAAGACGGGACCGAAGAGCAGUAAAGAGAGAAGACAGAAGAAUUCCAUUGCAGUUGACAGCAAUCCACAUGUGGAAAAACGAGACAGUGAGCAGGGAGUGGAUAACACAGUGGAAAAGAGCCACAAUAAAGAGAGAAGACAGAAGAAUUCCAUCGCAGUUGAGGGAUAUCAGAAUGCGGAGAAAGAAGACAAUGAGAAAGGAAAGAUGGGAGUGGGGAACACGGUGGAAAAGAACCACCAGCAUAAGUGCAGCAGCAAAUCUAUCACUGAGUUGGACAGAAAUACUGAGAAAGAAAGUGGUAAGAAGAACAUCAAGAAAGCAAUCAACAAUCCACUAGACUUUGAUGCUGUUGAAGAAGAGAAUCAAGUAAAGAAAAGAGGGAUUCAAGCAAAGCCCAAAUUUUCUUAUUUAGCUCAUAUUGUCAAAGACUAUUGGAAGACUUACGGAUUGAGCAAAACAUUGUUGGAAAUAGGGAUAGAAAAUGUUGACCCACAAAAGGCUGGUUUUUUGGAGGAGAAAUGGGAAAAACAAUUACAAGAGGAGAUGAGAUUUCAGUCGGAAUGGAGGAAGACCUGUGGGGAACUUUUAGCCAUGUUGUUGAAAGCGCAUAAAGAUUCACAUGUCAGUGGCGGACACCCCACUAUCGUUCUUAGAGGAGAAUAACAAUUCUUCCAUCGGAGGCACGUUUGGUUGUUUAUAUUGGGGUUUCGGUUUGACUUGGAGAUAUAUUCAUAGUAGUUUUUUUGGUGUGGAACUUGAUUUGUUGACAAUUGCUGGGACAGCAUGUCGGUGUUUAAAUUUAACGAAUAGUUUGUUGUGGUGACAUGGCAUGUCGGUGCUUCUCUACUGAUUUAUGUCUGUUUAGUGAAUACACUAAUGUUUAUCUUUUGUGA